AUGGCCGAAAAGACCGCCUCUGUCAACUCUGGGGGUGACAGCCCCGACCCCGAGCGUCGUCCCUCCCAGCUCCAAACGCCCUCUUCGCGAUGGGCGUCCUUGUUCGGUGGCAGCGGCACAACCGUUGGACCUCGAAUCGCCGACCUGCCAGACUUUGUCAAGCGCGAAGUCUCGGAUUCCGAAGAUUCUAGCUCUGCUAUCCUCAACAAGCAGCUGGCGGCCGAAGAAGGAGAGCAGAUCCAGUAUCGAACUUGCUCAUGGCAAAAGACUGCAGGUUUACUCUUUAGCGAGUACAUUUGCCUCGCUAUUAUGAGUUUCCCCUGGUCGUAUAGCGUUCUUGGUCUGGUUCCUGGACUGAUCUUGACCGUUGUCGUCGCAAUCAUCGUCCUUUAUACCAGUCUCGUGUUGUGGGAGUUUUGUUUGCGCCAUCCUGAGCUUCGCGAUGUCUGUGAUAUUGGACAGAUGCUAUUCUGGGGCAAGGAAUGGGCUUGGUGGGCCACUGCUGUCUGCUUCAUCCUCAACAACACCUUUAUCCAGGGUCUUCACGUUCUGGUUGGUGCCAAGUACCUUAACACUAUGACCGCCGCCGACGAUGUUGGUAGCUGCCGUACCGUCAUGUUCUCCGUCAUUGUUACCAUAAUCUGCUGGAUUGGAUCAUUGCCGAGAACCUUUGACAUGAUGGCUAAGCUGGGUACUGCUUCGGCCUUCUUCACCUUCAUCUCUGUCCUGCUCGCCGCCAUCUUUGCUGCCAUCCAGACUCACCCUGCUGGAUAUGACUUGGCCAAGCUGGGCGAGCCCAUCGUCACUGCUGUUCCCGUCAAGGGCACAACCUUUGUCAACGGAAUGUCGGCCUUCCUCAACAUCAGCUACACCUUUAUCGGUCAGAUUACUCUGCCCAGCUUCAUUGCUGAGAUGCGAGAUCCAAGGGACUUCCCCAAGGCGCUCUGGGCCUGCACAAUCGCCGAGAUCAUUGUCUUCAGCAUCGUCGGAGCCAUUGUGUAUGCUUACACUGGCAACCAAUACGUGACAGCGCCCGCCUUUGGCUCGCUCGAGCCCGUGUACAAGAAGGCGGCCUUUUCGUUCAUGAUCCCCACCAUCAUCUUCCUGGGCUGCCUGUACGCCUCGGUGUCGGCUCGAUUCGUCUUUUUCCGUCUCUUCCGCAACUCCAAGCACAUGAACAGCCACACCGUCGUUGGUUGGGGAUCCUGGGCUGGAAUUCUGCUGGCGACGUGGAUUCUGGCCUUUAUCAUCGCCAUGGUCAUUCCCUUCUUCAACUCCCUGCUCUCCGUCAUGUCGUCCCUGUUCGACAGUUGGUUCGGCUUCAUCUUCUGGGGUGUCGCCUACUUCCGUAUGCGCGGCGCCGACAAGAAGGUGGGACGGCAUCACAGCUUCAUCACCGACUUGACGGGCAACGUCGUCAACAUCAUCUUGAUCGCCAUCGGCAUCGCGUUCCUGACAGUCGGCACGUACGCCAGUGUACAGGGCAUUAUUGACCAGUUCGAGGCUGGUACCGUAUCGGGUGUCUUCUCAUGCGCGACAAAUGGAAUCUAG